AUGAAAAAACCUGAGCGGAAAAGAAAAUGCAUCUGCGAUACUGUGGCCGUUUUGAAAAAGAUUACAGGAAACCCGGAACCUUUGAGUUCGACGGAAAUUAACAGUAUACGACUGAAUCUGUUUACGGAACGUAACUCAGACGGAACCGGGUACCUCGUGCUGAGAGGAAGAGAUAUUUAUGAGAAAUAUAACAGAAGAAUAUGUGACGACGACGUGCGAGCUAUAUGUGUGUACUUGAAACAUUCACCCAGAAGAAUUACGAAAGUUGAUCUGAGUUACAACUCAAUAACUGAUACGGGAUUUUUUAAACUAUUAAAAAACGUUCUAAUAAAAGGCAGAUCAAGUGUUAACAACCUAAAUAUUAUGAAUAACAAUAUCACGGAACUAUCUAUAUUAAACCUGUCCAAGUAUGCGAAGUUUUUGAAACUUAAAUAUCUAAGAAUUAAUGGAAACGAUUUCGGUACUAAAGGUGGCGAAUAUUUUGCCGAACUCCUGUUGAAUAACACGAGUAUUGAAUGUUGUGACAUCGGGGAGACGGGACAGACGUUGACCAGUGUUGCCCGCAUCAUCACCGCGCUGCGCUACGAUCACGCUGGCAACACUACGGUACGAGUUUUCGAUUUCAGCCGAAUUAUCCCUUUAUUCAAUAGAUAUUCGUACGAAACGAAGUGGCUCGCUUAUCAUAUUGAAUAUUUAUUAGAAAGAAACGAAACCAUCGUGGAAUUGCACUUACAGAAGAACGAACUAAUUGGACACGACGUGGAAUACUUAGUUAGAGGUCUACGGAACAACAAGACGCUGUUAUACUUGGAUCUAGGAUAUAAUAAAAUAGGAGAAUAUGGCGCUGAAUUAUUUGGACAAUAUCUAUCUGAGAAGCCGCAGCUAAUAUUAUUGAAUUUGGCGGGAAACGGAAUCAAGGACACUGGCGCUAGAGCUCUCAGCUUCGGUCUGCCAUAUUCAAGAAUACGUGCUUUAGAUCUGGGACACAAUAAAAUCACUGACGACGGCAUUUUAUACAUACUGAAUACUCUCAAAAAACCGUUUUAUCUUAGAUUUUUAAACUUAUGGGGUAAUAAAAUCGGUGAAACGACGUGCGGCGUCAUUGAAAGGAUGUUAAUAAGUGGUGCUCUCUUCCAACACACGAUAGAUGUCAGGUUAUACUCAGUGGACGGCGUCCUACACGCAGCCUACUACCCCAACCCGGCGAACAGAAAUAAACACUUAUAUUACAACGAAAUGGACUUUGGAUGCGAACAACCGAUAUAUCACAUACAGAGGAAUGUGUUGCCAGAGAAGAAAAAUGUUAAGGUCGACUGCAAACAGAGGCACAAGCUCGAUAAAACAGAUAAACAUCGUUUUUGA